AUGCCUGCCUCCACGAUACCCGCCAGUCAAUUCGACUCCAUCCCCGACACCAUCGAGGCUUUCCGCCGAGGUGAAUUCAUCCUCGUGCUAGACGACCCCGGCCGCGAAAACGAAGCCGACCUCAUCAUCGCCGCCGAGGACGUCACCACCGAGCAAAUGGCCUGGAUGGUCCGCUACUCCUCCGGCCUCAUCUGCGCGCCCAUCAUGCCCUCCCGCGCAGACGCCCUCCAGCUGCCCGUCAUGGUCCCCGCCAGCCAAGACGCCCGCGGCACCGCCUACACCAUCUCCAUCGACGCCGCCCACGACUCCGUCACCACUGGCAUCAGCGCCCACGACCGCGCCCUCUGCUGCCGCUUCCUCGCCGACCAAAAGGCCACUGCCGCGAGCUUCAUCCGCCCCGGCCACAUCUUGCCCCUGCGCGCUGCUCCCGGCGGCGUCCGCCAGCGCGUGGGCCACACCGAGGCGGCCGUCGAGUUCUGCCGUCUCGCUGGCAAGAGUCCCGCCGCGGCUAUUGCUGAGCUCGUUGAGGAUGGGGAGCCCACGCCGGGGAGGGCUGUUAUCGAGCGUGCGGGUAUGAUGAGGGGGGAGGCGAAUAUUGCGUUUGCGAGGAAGUGGGGGCUCAAGGUGUGCACGAUUGCUGAUCUGGUUGAGUAUGUUGAGAAGACGGAGGGGAAGCUCAAGCUGAAUGGGGCAUGA